AUUCGUAUCUAGUUCAUAUGAAUUUAAUGAUAUUUAAGAAUUCUUUAAAUACAUAGUUUUUAAUGUCUGCAAAAAAAAGUGCAAAUUUCGAUUAAAGUAUUAUUGGCGGAUUACGUUCGUGUGCAUUCACUAUGUUCAUAAUGAUUACGAUGUAGCGCAAUUAUUUAUUAUUUUGACUCAAGUGAUGUUUGUUUAUCUACAAAAAUGUUCAUAAAAUUUGUUAGUGCAGUCGUCUGCAUCAGUUGUUUUUCAUAUACAUUUUAUAUUUUGUGUAAUUUGACAUACUUUUUGUCAAGUCAUAAUGAAAACAAAGGAGUGAUUACUGUACCAGAAAAAGAUGAAGAUACUGAUUCAGUAAUAUGGAUGCUAAUAAUAAACAUGUCUCUAUUGAGUAUUUUUAUGUUACAACACUCGCUUAUGGCUAGUAAUUUCGUGAAACAUUUAUUUUGCAAGUUACAUGUAGACUAUAUAGAAAGAAGUAUUUAUAAUGUUACCAGUGCUAUGACGCUUCAUUUAUUGUUUACCAAUUGGCAAACUAUUUCAUCUGUUGCAUUAUGGAAAAUUAAUACUUCUCAUAAUAAUGUUUUAUGGUAUACAUUCACUGCAUUUCAUGUGUUGGCUUGGUCGAUAAUUUAUAGCGGAUGUUUGAUGAUGGAUAUAUCUGAGUUAGCUGGAAUAAAACAAGUAUAUUAUAAAUUCUCAUUUAGACCAAGCCCUAUGCUAAUGAAGUCAAAAGAACUGUUACGUUACUACUCGCAUAUGAGACAUCCAAGUUUUACAGGAUUUCUUAUUAUUUUAUGGAUAUAUCCUUAUAUGACAUUAGACAGAUUAUUAUUGGCUUUGAUACUCACAGUUUACAUGACCUUAAUGUGGACUAUUGACAAAGAAGAUUACAAUUAUCACGAGAAUCUUGUGAAGAGAAAGCAAAGAGAAUUAUUCUGAUCCUCACUUAUACAUAUUAGUUUACUUUAUUAGCAUUACAAUUAAGUUAUGUACUCAAGUGUACUAACAUUUGCUUUACUAAAAGCAGUUUAUCAAAAGUUUUGUAUUGUAAAAUAUAUGGAAGUAGAACUGCAACAACAAAAUUAGUACUAUGUCCAGUUGUAGAUAAUACACCUGCUCGAACUGCUGUUCUGUACAAAGGGCAAACAUAUCUUUCUAACUCAUUUUUUGGUAAUUCUAAUACCGGAUGUAUAUGUAAAACUGGAAGAGAUGGGUGCAUUUCUCCUAAAAUCGAUAAUUUAUUUGCUUUUCACCAGCAAUAUUAUUAUUUAAGUAUUUUAUAAAAUUAACACUUUACCUAUAUUUGCAUCUACUAAACACAUGGAUUUGAAAUCCCAUCUUCCAGCAUCAAUAAAUAACCCAUGUAUUAAAACUCCAUCCUCUGGCACUUCCUUUUUAUGCUCUAUUUCAAUGUCUUCUUGAUCAAGUACAACUUUGGUGGCAAUGAAAUCAAAUUUUAGAUGAUCUAUAGGAAUGUUGUAUUUUCUUGCACAUGUUUGUAAUAUGCCAGUUAAAAAUCCUUGUGGAAAGGAUAAGCCCGAAAUCCAAAAAGAAAUAGGUUUUUUGUCAAUUAACCAAAUCUGUAAAUGCAUGAUACUUACUAAACUAGUUAUUUUUUUA